UUGUCAUUUUUAUUAUUUAGUUUUACGUUGUAUUUAUAAAUUUUAAAAUAAGUCGUGAAAUUGUAUUAAACAUUCCUUGGGUCCCUUAAAUUUUAUGCGAGUAGGACAAUGAAAAAAUUAUUACGUUAAAUAAUUGACAUGAUUAUAUUCAAGAAGAAUAUCUAAUGACCAAACACAAGGUUAUUACCGAUGUCUGAUCAUAUAUAUAAAGCAAAACAUUACUUAAAAUAUUCCCCAUUUAUAAAUCAGCCAUAAAAAAAAGAGAUUUGAAUCAUCUAGUUUAAUGUUGUAGUUCGAAAUGAUAUUUAAAUCAAUAGUACUCGUUUUGAGCAUAAUUAGUAUUAAUGAAAUCUCUAGCCGGUCAUUGCCAUCUUACAUCAAACCUUGUAAACGAAAUGACCCAAACAUUAACGAAUGUUUAAAGAAGAUGCUAGAAAAUAUCCGACCGUAUACCGGUAAAGGAAUACCAGAAAUGCACAUAUUACCAUUAGAUCCAAUUAAAAUACCAGCUGUGACUUUAAAUCAAGGUUCCGAUUCAGUUAAUUUUGCUGCCUUAUUCACUGACUUGAAAGGAUAUGGCGUAAAAAGUUAUCAAGUUCAAAAAAUCAAUGCGAAUUUCAAAAAUGAAACUUUUGAAGCAGACAUAUAUUUGCCUUUAUUAAGAAUUGAAUCUAAUUAUGAAGUCAAAGGAAACCUAUUAUUAUUUCCAAUUGAAGGAAACGGCAAGUUUGUUGGGAAUUUUACUGAUGCUCAAACAAACAUAAAAUUCGAAAUGAAAGUUGUUCGAAAAAAUAACAAAAAAGCUUUUAUAGAGGUUAAUAAAAAUAAAGUAAGUUUCAGAAUUGGUACAGCUAAAUUACAUUUUAGUAAUUUAUUUGAUGGGAAUAAAGAAUUAAGUGACGAUACCAACCGAUUCAUAAAUGAAAAAUGGAAGGAACUUUUAGAAGAUAUAAAACCUUUACUCGAAGAUACAUUAAGUGGUAUUGUCAUGGGAAUUUUCAAGCCUGUACUUGAAACUUAUAGUGCGGACGAUUUGUUUCCAAUUUAGACCGUUCAUAGAGCGUUUUUUUUUUUAGUUAUUACAUAUUAUUAAGAAACGGAUUUAAAUGUUUUAAAAA